AUGGAGGAAUCUCGAGUUGAGUUUGCUACUAGGACUACGCUGCCUCCAUGUGCUCUACGUAUUUUCCAAGAUAAAUUUAUACUAGUGGGUACUUACCAUCUAGACAAACCAACCGGUAAUAGAGUUGGUUCAUUAGAUAUCUACGAUGAUGAAUUGAACCUUUUAAAAAGUAAUGAAACUUAUGGUGCAAUAUUAGACUUGAAAAUCUCACCAUUCGAGAAAGAACUAGUGGCUACGGCCCAUUCUACCGGUAAUGUGAUGCUAUGGAAGAUCAAAUUCCCGUACGAUAAUGGGAACAUAGAAUUGGAAUCAAUCGUUAAUUUCCAAGUUUUUGAACAUGAGGUACUAGUCACAUCAUUGCAUUUUUCUCCAUUAGACGCAAACCUUUUGCUAGUGACUGCUACCAGUGGUGAAUCCGCCACUAUAGAUAUUUCGGCGCAACAGUCCACUAGGCAAAUCUCUGUACAAGGUUCCACUAGAGAUGUAGUGGAAAAUUAUGGGGAUCAAUUUACCAGCUCACAUGGUUUAGAAUGCUGGAUUGCAGAAUUUGCACAGCUGUCGCCAUUGCAGGACGUAGUGUUCACUGGAGGUGAUGAUGCUACUAUAAUGGCGCACGAUUUAAGAUCAAAGGAUUGCAUAUGGAGUAAUAGCAGAAUACAUGAAGCUGGUGUUGUAGCCAUAAAAUGUAGUACACCUACGUUCCGCUCUUCUAAGCCAACUUCUAUCAUUACAGGUUCUUAUGAUGAUCAUAUAAGAUCAUUAGAUCUAAGAAUGUUGGGUGAUACUAUUUAUCCCGGACGGAACACACCAGUAGCUCGUAAGACGGAUCUAAAUCUAGGUGGUGGUGUUUGGAGAUUUGCUGAAUGUCCCGACAAGAAUCAGGAAUCGGAUACUCUGCUUGUUUGUAGAAUGUACAACGGUGCUGCCGUGGUUAACCAAGAUAAGAAUUCUGACGAAUUUAGUGUGAUUAACCACUUGAAAAAGGGUCACGAUUCAAUGUGCUACGGUGGGGAUUGGUGCUCCAAAUUUAUUGCUACCUGUUCAUUCUACGACAAUUCACUACAGAGGUGGAACCCAUGA